AUGACUGAUUAUAAUUCAUUAAUUUGUCAAAUAUGUGGCGAUAAAUCCAAUGGUUAUCAUUUUGGAGCCAUUAGUUGUGAUUCUUGUAAAUCAUUUUUUAAACGCAACUUUUCUAAAUAUAAGGAUAAAUACAAGUGUUAUUUGGGUGGUAAAUGUGUGGUUGAAAUCAAAACCCGAACCAAUUGUAAGAAAUGUCGUUUAGAUAAGUGUUUGGCCGCCGGUAUGUCAACGAUUCACUUCAAUAGUGAUGAGCAAAACAAACUCCGAAGAACUUUAUUAAAAUCACGUCAAAAGUCUAAACGAUUGCCACAAGACUUGACAAAUGAUAAAACUUUAGACUUCAAUGAAUCCAAAUUAAUAUUCACACCAAACAUAUCACAACAAUUAUCAAAAGAUUGUCUACAAGUUAUUAAUGUCUCAAAUGAUGUCAUUGAUUAUGAUUUUAUAGAUUCAAUGACUGAUUUUUCAACCAAUUCAUUAUCACUUUCAUCUACUGAUGAUAUCACACAAAAUCAUACAAUUGACGAACAAAUGGAUUCAAUUGAUAUUUCAGAUCAAAACAAUAACGAAGGAAUAAUAAUGUCAAUUAUGAGACCUAUUACUGAAUGUGUCCAACAAUUUACAGAAUUAGAGUCCAAUAAAUUAACUGAACUUUUGGAUGCCAUGAAAUUAAAUCAACGACAGAUAUCUACUAUUGAAAAGGGAUGUAUUAUUGAUAAUUUACAACAAGCUUUGCUUAUAGUAUUGGAAAGACAUAACGAUAAUAUCAAUCAUACCGUCCAAAUGUCUAAAUAUUUGUCAGCUUUUAAUACACUUUGUCUGAGCGAUCAAAUUGUUUUAUUAAAGUACUCGUCCAUUGAAAUUGAAGUUCUCAGAAAUAUAUUGUGUUUUAACUUUGAAAAAGAGUAUUGGAUUUUCAAUAAAGGUGAUAUUCCCUAUUGCAUAACACUUAAUGCAUUUCAAAGAACCGACAGUAAUCCUGAAAUACCUGUAAACGUACGGCCCAUCAAUGAUCACAAGGUUUUCCUACAAAACAUGGGUCUCGACUGGGAUUGUGAUCCACUAAUUAUUGAUUUGGUAGUUGACAGCAAUUAUACUGUUUGA